AUGGGAAAGAAUAAAAAGAAACAAAGCAAUUUAUCGCUGAAGAAAACAGCUAAAGAAGAUGUGGAGCAAAGUAAACAAACUACUGACAGUGUAAAUAAGGAUGGAGAAAUAGAGGACACAGCACCUUCCGAAGGCACCACUAGUAAUGAGUCAGAGGAAGAGUCUAUAAAAUUACAACAAAUAGAUCAACCGGACGAAUUAGACUCAUCAACCAAUAAUCCUACUGAAUUGCUUGAAAAAUUGCAACAAGCCGAACGAGAACGAGAUGAAAUACAGCAAUCUUAUGACAAUUUGGUCAACAAACUUUCAUCUAUGAAGACCAUUUUCAGUAAAAUGAAACAGUCAGAGGCUGAGCUAGAAGAGAAAACCGAAUUGGUGGAAAGCUUGACUGCUGAAAACGAGGAUUUGAAGAAACAAUUACAAAGCGCAGCUAAAACUAAAGUUGACUCAGACAUCAUUGCUAAGUUACAAGAGCAGAAUACCGAUUUAAACAAUGAAUGUGAAAGGCUAAGUGAUUCAUUAACUCAAUCAAGGCGGGAAUAUAAUUCUACUCUUCAAUCAUUGCAGGAUGAGAAUUACAAUUUGGAAAAUCACAAUUCCAAGUUAUCCAAAACAGUACAAGAAUUAAAUCUGGAAAUUAAUGACUUGAAAAUAACGUUAAACGAAUUGGUAAUGGAACAAAAAGGUUACACAAACACUAUUGAAGAAUUGACAGAGAAACUUGCUUCAAAAACCGACGAAGUUACUGAAGCUACAAAAACAAUAGAAGAUUUCCAAGCACUUGUUUCAUUAAAGCAAUCAAAUUUUGACAAGGAAACGUCUUCAUUAAAGAACACAAUCAUUCAGUUGGAAGAAAAAAUAUUAAAACAGGAAAAAGAAAACAAAGAUCUAAACCAAUCACUUGAUAAAAGCCAUCAAGAACUACUUGAACUUAAAGAAGAGGUCAAAAAAAUAGACGAAUUGAAAUCAGAGAUUCAUAAUAAACAAUUAUCUAUAGGCAAGUUGCGUCAUGAAGCCAUCAUAUUGAAUGAGCAUUUAACUAAAGCGUUGUCUAUGCUUAAACAAGGCGGGGAUAGUUCCAAGAAAUCAGUAGAUAAAGAGUUGAUUUCCAAUGUUCUCAUAAGCUUUUUACAAUUCCCCAGAGGUGAUACGAAAAAGUUUGAAGCUUUGGGAUUGAUUGGUGCAUUGUUGGAAUGGGACGAACUGCAGAAAUUGGCGGCUGGUUUGACCCAUGUGCCGAACACUAAAAACCAACAAACCAAAUUAGAUAAAGAUGGUAAUGAAAUUCCUGUAAGGCAGAGUUUUGUUUCCUUAUGGACUGAAUUCUUAGAAAAAGAAUCCAGUGGGAAAUGA